GCAUCUUUAAGCCCAUGAACCAAUAAUAACCUAUGUAGUAUGUGCUCAAUCUUUUAUUUUAAAUUUAAAAAUAACAUAGAAAAGUAGCGUGAUUAAUCCGACGGGAGAAAAGCAGUGAAGGUGGAUUUCUCAUUUCUGCAAUCGUUUUAAUCGGGCAAGAAUUUUGUUAAAGUGAACAAAGAUGGGAUUGAAGAUAGUGGAAGCUACAAUAGCAAAUUUUAAUGAAGUAUUCAGCAAGUUUAAGGAGGAAGCAGCCAAUAACAAAGCCAAUCUCAUUCUCUUUUUGGCUGACAAAGAGCCUUCUACUUCCCUCAGUUGGUGUCCUGAUUGUGUGAGAGGUGAACCAGUGAUCUACAAGAAGUUGGAAGAAGCAGGAGAGGAUGUGGCGCUUUUGCGAGCUUAUGUGGGAGACCGGCCUACUUGGAGGACCCCUAAUAACCCUUUUAGGAUAGACUCAAGGUUUCAGCUCAAGGGUGUUCCGACCCUUAUUCGCUGGGAAAAUGAUGCUGUUGUUGCUCGUCUUGAAGAUCAUGAGGCCCACAUUGAUUCAAAGAUCAGUGCUCUUCUUUCCGAGUCCAAAUGACUUCAUCCUUAAAAGCGUUUGAUAUUUAGAUUCCAUGGAAUCUAAACAGAUUUAUCUUGGAUGAUUGUAUGUUUUUGUCUGAAACUCUGAUCGACCUUUGAUUUUCAAGUACUAGCGUAAUAAUAAAUGGUAUCUUCGGAGUUCUUA